AUGAGAGUCGCAGUUAUUGGUGGAGGUCCAUCGGGCCUCGUGACACUGAAGUACCUAUUGAGAGCACAUUUGAACUUGGAUUGCGAACCAAUUGAGGCUCGGCUCUUUGAGCUUGAUGACUCUGUUGGUGGUGCUUUCUCCACCAGAGUCUACGAGGACGCCGAGCUGGUGUCAUCUAAGCAGCUAACAACCUUCUCCGACUUUCGCUGCAACAAGAAGACAGAUUUCCUCAGUGGUACAGAUUACGUCCAGUAUCUCAAAGACUACUGCUCUCACUUCAACUUAUGGCUUCACAUGGACCUUGGUGUUGAAGUCCGCACUGUUCAAGGAACAGCUAGCAAUGGCUACAGCAUUGAGUGCGCAAGAAGAGAUGGCGAAGCCUUCUACUGGGAUUGCGAUGCUGUGGCAGUAUGCUCAGGACUACACAGAGAACCAAACCUUCCCGUCAUGCCGGGUCUCCAUCAUAUCCCGGAAGUUAUUCACUCGUCGGAAUUCAAGACCAAGAGUCAGUUUGGGGUCAACAAGACAGUUAUGGUGAUUGGAUCAGGUGAGACAGGCGCUGAUGUAGCGUAUUUGGCUGUAAACUCGCCAACGAAGCAGGUUUUGAUGUGCCAUAAAGAUGGCUUUCACUUCGCACCCAAGAGAAACCCAGGACCAAUCCUUCUUCCAAUCCUUGGUAGGAAGCCCGAUCCAAAUGAACCUGGUAUUCCUAUCGAUGUGAGCCGAGCAAACCUAUUCGACACGACUUACGUCCACCCGGUUCUUCGCAAAAGUAUGAUCUUGUGGGAUUACUAUAAUUACUACAUCAAAUCUCUACUUUGGAUCUGCUCUGGUACAACCUUUGGUAUGGAUCAAUGGAUUGGAGAAAUUAGCAAAGCUCGACGUCAUCCCUCGAAGACCUUUGUGCAGACUCCGAUUCCUGAUACUCACGGAAGACAAGUCGACCUUGCACCUCUGCCUAAGAUGAUACGCAAAGAUGGAACAGUUGAGUUUGUCGAUAACGGACGACCAGAGUACGAGAGACUGAAGACGCAGACCAUCCGACCAGACAUGGUCGUCCUAUGUACAGGAUACAAACAGACCUUCCCGUUUCUUCGUACGCUGUACCAAGAUGAGCAACGACAUCCUUCAUCUUUCGUGCGGGGCAUUUGGGAACAAGGCCGACCAGAAGUCGGAUUCAUAGGUUUCAUGAGACCUUCUCUAGGAGCUAUCCCGCCUCUAGCUGAGAUGCAGGCCCAGUUAUGGGUUCUCAACUUAGUGUCACCGCACAAACUCUCCCUCCAACCUGAAGAUGAAGAGCACUACAAACUUCACACGAAGCCAACUGCAAGAGUGACAUAUGGAGUCGACCACGAGAGUUAUGCAUAUCAACUAGCCUUAGACAUGAACUCAGCUCCCGGUUUGACAGACAUGCUGAAACGAGCAUCAUCCACUGACCUCAGAACAACACUCCGCUUGUUAGUUAUCUGGGCAUUCGGUGCUCACUUCAACACAAAGUUCCGUCUCAUUGGACCGUGGGCGUGGGAGGGUGCUGAGGAUCUUUUGGUGUCGGAUGAGUUUUGGCAGACUAUCACGAGGAGACCGAUGUUAUUUGGCAAGUUCUAA